GCCAUAGCUUUUAUAAAUGGACAACCUAAGCUGUGUUAAUCUGACAAGAAGGCUAGAAAGCUCAAUGCAUCUUCCUAUUACUCUGCAUAUCUUAUGUCUUCCAUCCAAAAAGAAUCAACUUAUCAGAUAAAUAACCACCUCAUGAACUAAGAUGAAUCAUGUUCCGGCUUUUGUCCUCCUGCUGCUCUUGCCUAAGGACAACAGAAGAGACACGAAGGAAUGUGACCAUCCCUAUCAUUGGCUUGAACAACUCUGGCAAAACUGUUCUUGUGGAGGCAUUCCAAAAAUUACUUCCCAGUAAGACAGACCAUUGCAUGAAAUCGGAACUGACUACACUUUUGUUAGAUGAGUAUGAACUUUCCAUCUAUGACCUGAAUGGAGACCUGAAGGGCCGGGAAGCAUGGCCAAACUACUAUGCACAGGCCCAUGGGCUUGUUUUCGUCCUGGAUUCCAGUGACAUAAGACGCAUGCAGGAAGUGAAGACCAUCUUAACACAUCUGCUGUCCGAUAAAAGAGUGGCAGGGAAACCCAUCUUAAUCUUAGCAAACAAACAAGACAAGAAGAAAGCCCUCAUGCCGUGUGAUAUUAUUGACUAUCUACUUCUAAAGAAGCUAGUGAAAGAGAAUAAGUGCCCAUGCCGAGUAGAGCCAUGUUCAGCCAUCAGAAACCUUGAGAGAAGAAACCAUCAGCCCAUAGUUGAAGGACUGCGCUGGCUAUUAGCUGUCAUUGAUACUUGCCAACUACCACCUACCUCGAGCAUCUCAAUCUCCAAGAAUAACACAGGCUCUGGAGAAAGAUGCUCAUCACACAGCUUCUCCACCAGAACAGGAAUGUCAAAGGAGAAAAGACAGCAUCUAGAACAAUGCUCAAUCGAAGCUAAGCCUCUAAAGUCAAUCCUACAGAAAGAAGGUACAAGAUUAUGGUCUAAAAAGAAUAUGUCAGUAACAUUUGCUUUAGAUGAACCCAUGAAAGAAGGUGAAUGUUCUAGGAGAACUAGAGCUCAGAAUACUACGAAGUUUUGCUACAAUUGAAGGAGUGGCUUAUAGACUCCAGCUCCAUAUGCUGAUGACAAUAUUUUUGAAGAGAAAGUAAAAGAAAGUAACAGAGAAAGUAAAGAGAAAAACAGAGGGAAACCAAAAGAAACAGUUGAUAUCCCUCCCUUAGCAAACAGGUUCAUCUCCAGAACUAUCAAGACUACCCGGUUUUUAAAUUUCCAUUUGAUAAUAUUUCUACACUCCCCAUACAACUCCACCUACUCUAAUAUCACAUCCCUGAGAACCCCUGUUGUUCCUGUAUAUCUAUAUUCUAGCCAUCAAAUCAAUCCUAUACUCACUGAGAGGCUCAAGAAGAGUGAGAUGGCAUCCAUUGAGAAUGAAGACCACCUUGGUAAAAAAGAACAGAGACUUUACAUCUUUGUACCGCUUUGUGCUGCUGACAAAGCUUGUGGACAAUAAGUCAUGGGUGAUCAACCAAACUGAGCCUUAGAAAUACAGGGUUCAUUUAGAAAUAAGUAUUUUUUUCUUUAAGGUUCUUAGGCAGAAAAGGAUUGGCAAAAAUAAAUAGAACUUCUUUGCUGAGAA